CCAAUAAUAAUUAACAACUAAUAUUUUAUUAAAUUAAUAAGCAGAGAUAAACCUCUUGCUCUCUCUCUCUCUCAGAGGAAGAUGUAGAUAAAGCCAUAAAGGGUAGAGAGAGAGGAGAGAGGGCCUCAAGUCUUCUCUCAGUACAUGAAGAAAAGGGUAUAAAGAGAGCUUGUUUCAGCGCCAAGAUUGAUACUGCCAUAUUUGUCUGUCUUUAUUUUUAUAUUUUUGCGUUUAGAAAAGGGAGAAAAAAAAUUGGAUUUUGAGUUGUGGGUUGUGUGAUUGUGAAUUGGGUCGGCGAGAAUGUCGAGUUCAUCGGAGACUAUGGAGGUUUCAGGGCAAAGAGGGUUGAGGAUGGCGGAGAAGCCAUCGAGCUUCACUCAGACUUGUAGCAUGCUCUGCCAGUACCUCAAAGAGAAGGGCAGCUUUGGAGAUCUGAGCCUUGACAUGGCAUGCAACAUGCAACAAUCCAACGGGACAGGGACACCUGAGAUGUUUCAUCAGAAAGCCCCACCCGUGAAUUUCUUUCCAUUUAUGGAAAACUCAAGGAACCUGCCAGCAACUCCUAGAGACUUCAAAUCCAUGGAUUUGUUUCCUCAACAAGCUGGUUUUGGUUCCUCUGUUCCCAGAGAAGACGUUCCCAAGAUGGCUGAUUCUAGUGUGAAGAAAUCUGCCCCAGGAGAGCCUCAAAAGGCACAAAUGACCAUCUUCUAUGGCGGACAAGUAAUUGUGAUCGACGAUUUUCCAGCAGACAAGGCAAAGGAAGUCAUGCUCUUAGCAAGCAAGGAAAGUUCCCACGGCCAAGCCACUCAGGCUUCUAUUCCGGCCAAGAGUAACAAUGUGUUUGCCUCUCAUUUGGGCAAGAAUCCAAUGAAUUCCAGCAGUUCAGUUCCUCCAAGUGCUAACAUGUUUCCCAAGUUUGGCAAUCAAGUCAUUCAGGAGGCCCCUAAGCCAUCGCCUCAACCCAUUGUUUGUGAUCUACCGAUUGCAAGGAAAGCUUCACUUCACCGAUUCCUGGAGAAGAGAAAGGAUAGGAUCAACAACAAAGCACCAUACCAAACAAGCAGCCCUGCAGCCGGCCCGGCGAAGCCAGCUGAAGGCAAGUCAUGGUUAGGCUUGGCUGCUCAACCAACCCAAUGAUAUGAGCGCCAAUAUAUAUAUAUGCAUCCUUUAGGCUUAUAUUAUAGUUCCAAGUCUGCUAUCUUUUCACAUUUGGCGGGCUAAGCCAAGAAUUUCAUGUAGCUCUAUUUUUGUUAAAUUGUAAGGCUUGGCUCAACUGAGCGGAUGCCAUAGAAUAUGGUACUAACUGUUGAUUGAUCUUAGCUGCUGUUGUUGUAAUUAAGCUUUGAAGAAAAGGAAUUCAAUUAAUGAUAAUCUUGAAUUUAUAAUUAA